ACGAUUGGGGAAGACGAAAAAUUGGACUUCAUCGUCUCUUUCAGUAUGAUAGUAUCAGAGUUCAGAUCGUUUAGAAAGUAGAAACAGAGAAGACCCAUAAUACGAUUUCAUCAUCCAUAGCUGCAGUUGGGUUUUCCUCUGCUAAAGCAUCAAGUCAAAUUAUCUUGGAAUCACUCGAUAAACCCUUUAAACCCUACUUGGCUACUUAGGCGUUCCAUUCAUUACACAUGAAUGGGAAGGUGACUCCAAGCAAACCUUCUCUUUCACACUCCAAUGCGGACGAACGACAGAGGGUUUAAGGGCCGCCGCCAGUGAUGCCCCAACUUUUCGGCGAGCAUUGCCAUAGAUUUCCCCCGUUUUUUCUUGUUUGUGGGUUGGAUUAUCACGGGCUUCCUCAAUCCCAUUGUUCGUCUUGUUCUUUUUAAUCAAUUUCGAAUGCUUCAUUGACGGUAUGUCGAUGGUGAGGAAUAUUCAAAGGCUUUGCUUCAGGACUCUCUCCUCUCUCCUCCCUCACGGCAACAGCAUCAGCGGGGACAUUUUGCUGGUGAGGGAUGGUUCUUCGAAAAUGGUUGCAAGUAGUAAUUUGGUUCAAUCGAGUUUAGCGGGCAAAGACUGCAUCUUCUCCUCUUUCCCUCCGUGGGGUUGCUUUGUUGGGUCUCGCUUCAUGUCGGCGAAGCCGGGGAGGAGUAUGCGAAGCAAGGUUGAGAAAAGGCUGAGAUUUGAAGCUGGGAAACCCCUUAGGGAGAGGAGGCGAGCGGCCAAGUUGAGGAAGAAGUUGAUGACCGACGAGGAAAGGCUCAUUUACAACCUUAGAAGAGCCAAGAAGAAAGUUGCGUUGCUCCUGCAAAAGCUCAAGAAGUAUGAGCUACCAGAGUUACCACCCCCGCGACAUGACCCUGAGUUAUUGACUUAUGAGCAACUUCAGGCAUAUAAAAAGAUCGGCUUCAGAAACAGAAAUUAUGUUCCUGUUGGUGUUAGGGGAGUCUUUGGUGGUGUUGUUCAAAAUAUGCAUCUUCACUGGAAGUUCCAUGAGACCGUGCAAGUCUGUUGUGAUAAUUUUCCCAAAGAAAAAAUCAAAGAGAUGGCAACCAUGCUUGCACGAUUGAGUGGCGGUAUUGUGGUUAACAUACAUGAUGUGAAAACAAUUAUUAUGUUCCGUGGCAGAAACUAUCGGCAGCCGAAGAAUUUGAUACCCAUCAAUACUCUGACAAAAAGAAAGGCAUUAUUCAAAGCUAGAUUUGAGCAAGCACUUGACUCUCAGAAACUAAAUAUUAAGAAGUAUGAGCAGCAGCUCCGCCGAAUGGGUGUAAAUCCUGAGGAUCCAGUUGCCAUGGCCAGCAUCCAGAGAGUAGCUUCAACAUUCUUUAAUGCCAUUGAUAAUAAGGAAAGGAGUCCUUAUGUCUUCCAUGGGGACAGACAAUCAGCUAUUGAUCCUGAUACUCGGGAAGACCCAGAGAAGCCUUCUGAGGAUAGUGACCAAGAGGAGCUUGAUAGAUUCAUAGCUGAUAUUGAGGAUGCAGCAAAUCAAGAAUGGGAAGAAGAGGAAGCUAAAGAGAAAGAAGAGAUGGGGAGAAUGAGGUACCGGAACAGAGAAGAUUGGGGUGGCAGAAGCAGAACCUCAUAUAUAAGCAAUGGUGAUUCAGAGGAUGAGACCACAGGGAGGAGAAGGGAUCGGGAGGAUACACGUGGUAGACAUAGGACCUUUGGUAUGCGUAAAAAUGAUAGUGACCAUGAAGAUGAGGCCCUCGAGGCAUCAGGUGAUGAGGACUGGGAUUCUCAUAGUAUGGGAGAUGCAGGUUAUACGAAUGAUGCACUUGAUUCUGACGAAGAUGACGAUGAGUUCAAGGGGCAAACAAUAAUGAAUACGAAACAGCAGAGUGAGAGAGAAAAGAAAAAGGGUUUUGAGAAGAAUGUUAGGGUCGGAAGAAGAGGGAAGAAUGCAGGAGAUGACUCUGGGUCUGAGAAUAUGUUUGGGGAUUUGGAAAAUGAAUUGUGGGACUCAGGUGAUGAGGAAGAACAUGAUUCAAUAGCCCAAGGAGAUGCUGAUGAUUUCAUGGACAGGAGUGAUGAAGAGGAGGGCCAUUCCCGGAACAAUGAUUGGCAGAAUGGGAGAAACAGAAGGAUUAAAACAGUGAAGCAGGUGGAUGAAACAUGGGACAGUGAUUAGCAGCUUAAUGAUACACUAGUAGUGUCCUUAUCUGAAGGUGGAUGAAACAUUGGACACUGUUUAGCUUAGUGAUACAGAAGAGCAGUGUCCUCAUCUGAAUUCAACAAAUUUUGGCUCUCUUUCUAGUUUAUUACUGGAGCUGAUUGAAGGAGGAAGAAACUGGUGCAAAAUAGUAGAGUUUAUGGUAUUAAUCUGGCGGGUUUUCUCUAAAUUAGCAAUACAAAAUUCAUGUCUCUUUUUUUA